GGUUAUCCCAAGAUGGUGGAGCCUAUUCAUUUAUUACUGGCUAAUUUGAUCAAAGCAUUACGCGUGGCAUCCACACAAGAUACCACCUCUGUCACAGCGGAGACCAUGGAUCGAUUUAGAGAUGUUAUGCUAUCUUUUGUAGAUCGUCUUUCCAAUGCUAAACUAGAAGACUUUGAGUUGGACAAGACAGUCAGUUUUGAUAUGGCAACACAUCUAGGACGAAGAAAUAAUCUAUAUGCUCAUCUUGUACUGGGUGUUUAUGAGAUUUGUAUUGAAUAUGUCUUUAUGACACACGGUAUGACAGCUCAGUCCACAGAGACACUCUUGAGCUUAUUCAAGAAACGAAAAUUACUUUUCAAUGUCUUGAAAGACAGUUCUACCAACGAGAAAGGCAAAAAGAAUACGCAGCUUGUGAUUUCUUCCUGUGUCAGUCUUGAAUUUACAUCCAAACUAUUUCAGGCUGUAUUUACACAAGACAAGACAGACGUAGUUCGUGAUUUACGCUCUGAUAUUGACUUUGCUCAUUUUAUUAUCACAAGUACAUUUGACAGCCUGAAAUUCGCUAUAGAUGAUGUCUAUUGUCAUCAAGACGACAAACACUUUGAGAACAGCAUUAUGACUUGUCAAACGUAUCUGUCUAUCUUGAUCCAUGAAGACUCGGACAGUACAUUUGCCAAUCAACAGGCUACAAAAAAGACACCUUCUGUCUUAAGUUCAAUUGCUAUUGCUCUUCGUGGUACGCUGGAUAUGGUCAGUCAUGUCUGGCCUGAACGAUUUAUUGAAUUCCUCAGACGUAUCUUGAACAACCAUACUCAGACUACUACAAGUACCAACAAAGUGAUACUUCAACUGAUUAUGCAACUAAAAGACAUUGUGCUCAAGUAUCUAUCGGGUCGUACGCCUAUUUAUAGAGAAGCAUCGCAUGUCAUGCACGUAUGCUCAUUCUUGUGCAACAAGUUUGAGAAAAAAGACACUGAUUUCUCGGUUCAAUCUCGAGUGGUAGUGAACUGGUUGAGUGAAUUAGCCAAAGAAAGACCACUUGAAGACACAGGACUGACAAAGGAUAUCAUUGGCUUGUUGAUCCAGUUAUGUGCUAAUAUGGGUGAAUUUGAUACUAUCUUGAGCCUGUCUGAAGAUGUCCAUCUCUUUACAGGUGAUUUAGAAGUACAUCAUACUGACGAUGAUCAGCCAUUAAAGUAUAGUAUCAUUAACACCAAGACAUUUGCUGUGAUUACAUCAAGACUGUUUGAGUUUCUAGAUGCGUCUUUUGAUGAUUUGACAUGGUGUAUUGGUCGCUUAAAGAUAUGUGCUUCUGAAGAUGAUCAAGAAGUCUCUCAUCAAUUCGAAACAGAAGUCUGUAAACGACUUGUGCUGUUGAUCUUUAUUACGAGUGAAUUAGUCAAGUCUGUGCUUACAGAUAUCCAUGCUGAAAGCCUGUUCAAGACAUUAGCAAAGACCUACAAGACACUACAUACACUUGUGAAAUAUAAAAUCCAAUUCCCUCAAGACAUAUCGAGUCAAUUUAUUCAAGUGAUCAGUAAGUCAGGUACUGAAAUCACAGACAAGAUGUACAAGUUCUUGACUGUCUAUGGUCAAUCUCAACAUCAUGACACUGGAAAUCAAACCAAAAAGAACAAG